AUGGGGAUCUCGGCCUGCGCAGCGCUGCGGCGCAUGCCCAACGACUCGCUUCGCGCCCUCAGGGCCCGCGAAAGCGGUGCUUGCGACCAGAUGUUGCAACAAAUCGCAGAUCCUGCGCCAAGGACGCGUCCGAGGAUGUGUGUGCAAGCCGAGCUGGUUGACUACUUGCAUCAGUUGGCAGAGGCCAAAGCCUUUGCCAUGAAAGAGUCCAUCGUUGCAGAGGCUCGAAACUAUGCAGAAAGCGAUGCACCGAGCCCAUCAGGUCGAGUAGGAUUUUGGGAUGUGUUCCACCGAGGAACCCGGAAGGGUGAAUUUCGUCCAAUCACACCGGCGAAGACGGAGCUUUAUCUUCCAGACAUCAACGGAGCAGGCUGGGUCCGUCCUGGAAGAAGCAAUGUCCUGUCGGCGCAGCACGGACACAACGACGACGUCGCACACGGCACAGAGAAGGGGCCGGCGACGCAAGCUUUGAGGAAAGGCGAAGCGUCCAAGUCAGCUCCGGUGCUGGGCCGGCAGGAGCAGAAGCAGAAAGACAAGCGCGGCGCAGGAGGAAAGCCGAAAGUGCCUUCCAUCGGCGUAGAAUUAAGGAGGCUCGCUGUCGCCGGUGACGAGGGCACGUUCACACCUCCCGGAUCGAUGCGUGGCUCGCUGGCCGAGGCCAAAACGUGGUGGUUUCAAUCACGAAAGCCGCCCUUAGUCGAAACAACGCAGACAGAUUUUCUUCCGUCCAGGAAGUCGUCAUGCUGGCAGCAGGUCCCUGCGCAGGAGACAAGCAAGGCUUUCCUUCCACGUUUGGCAUCUUUAAGCUCUGGGAGUCCCAUCGCUCAUUUCGGUCCACGGCCGAUCGCUCCUGGAGAGAGCCUCCUGCCGACACCCCAGCCGAUCCUUGAGGAGCCAUUGCAUCUGCCACCAAUUCAGCAGGCCGUGGUCCCCGUUCAUGAUCAGAGCCUCAAGUCUGGCGAAGAGGAUGCCACUUGGUCUGCCGUGAACUACAUCCGAGCAUGUCACAGGGAGCAGAUCUUGCCGGUGCCUUCGAAUUUUGUGACCGGGCAUUCGCGCAGGGUGGAUGCCGUUGCAAAGGCGAGUACUGAUGCGGAGCUGCUGACCUUGUGCGCAAUUGGACGCCUUGCAGAAGUGGAGGAUGUCGACCUCUCAAGUAAGCUCCUGUCCGAUGCCACCAUCGCCCGGUUCUGCCAGGAUGUUCUGUUGGCGGAUCAGAACCUCCGCACGCUCCGAAGGCUCAGCUUGAAAGACUCGCACGCUGCCAGACAUUCGCAAGCUGCGCUGAUCAGGCUGCUUCAGAAAGACGGAGCGACGAAGCUGAGCUUCCUCGACCUCAGCGGUGUUUCGAUGAGCUUGCGGAAUCUGCGGCUUUUUUGUGAGACUGUCGAGGGCCACCCGUCGCUCCAGACCCUGAAGCUCAGCAACACCGGGUUGGGCGGUGCCUGCGGUGCCAUGGACAUCAAGUCCUGCCUCGCGCGGGUGCUUCAGAACAGCUGCCUCCAGGUGCUGGACCUGGGCUGGAACUGCUUCCCUGCGGAGGAGCUGAAGUUUCUCGGGGAGCUCAUUGCAAGAAACAGAAAUGUGAGCCACCUGAGCCUGGCCAACUGCGCAUCGAGCAGCCAGAAGAACCACAGCAUCUCCCCUUGUGUGUACUUUCUGGAGCAGCUCGUGAACGGGACCUCCCUUCGCAGCCUGGACAUCUCCAUGAACCGCCUGGACUUCCGUGGUGCGUGA